GGAAAAGUCAAAAGAUAAAUACCUAAAGUAAUAAUGGGUUGGUUUCUUAAGCUUAUACAGAGUAAUAGUAAACGCAAUGCGGAAAAAGUCAUUGGAUUGAAUGGAUCGCCUAUCGCCUAUCACAUGAGUGCCAAGUUCUAAUGGCCGAAACAUGCAUGGAUGAUGGAAAGACGGUCAUAUAGAGUGGAAUUGGCCUUCUAAAGUAUUGGUUAAUUAUGAAUUGUACGCAGAGAAGCAAUGUGAAUGGGUUUCAUCCCAAUAUAUAAAUCCCAUUUCUCUAUUUCUUACAAUUUUCAAUCAAAAAUUACGGAAAACAUUGAUUUGUGCUUGCGACAACUGCUACCUUCAGAUACCAUUAACAUAACAAUACCUUUUUUUUUGGAAAAAUAAAAAUCUCACAAAAUACGUAGGACAUCAAGAGUCUCGUGAAGACCAAGAAAACAAAGUGGAAACGAUUUCAUCUUUAUUCACAAAUAUCUCAUAACUUCGCUUUGCAUUGAUUCAAUAACUUUACAAUACUUAACUUUUGUUCUCGUUUAUCGGCUAAAAGCCUUUCUUCAAGCUUUUCUUGCGUCCCUUAAUCUCGCCAGCAAGUUUCGUUUGUUCACAGUUUUGAGUGCCGAACAUUUACCCCACCUUCUCCUACUUUUCCAUCACUUUUCCAUUGUAGAUAGGCAUUAGAUUCCUAUUUGUAAUCCACAUCAAGGUUCCUUCGCUUCAUUUCGGAAUUUGGAACCUAAAGUAUCAGUCUCAAAAGGUCAAUAAUAUUUUAAAGCUCAGAUUGUAGUCUUAUUCACCUUUUCGUGCUUUGCAUCUUUUUACUUGCCUUGCCUUUAUCGUUUUUAUUAUUCCUCUCCGUUUUUAUUUUUGAAUUAAAUCAGGCCAGGUCAGUCAACUCUGUGUUACUUCCCCCGUUCAAUUCAGUUACCUAAACGUCGGUUUUGUACCAGUCUAGCUGAGUCCCUGUGCGUGUGAAAGUAUCUUGGUCAUUCGGUUUACAUAUUAAGUAAUACAUCUAACCGAUCGUUAUCCUUUCUGGUGUCCAUUCAUCCCCGUUCUCUUCUGAUUCCUUUGUCCUAAUUCUACUUAUUAGUAAUUUUAAAGUUCUAAGCUCCUUCUGACCGUAUUAUUUAUUACAUCGUCUAUCUUUAUUGAUUUAUUUCUUAGGCUUUGUUUGCCAUACCUCUUAGUCUUACUACGGCUACUUUCCUCCUCUUGAUACUUCCUUAAAUAUCGUUAAACUUUGUCAAGGACAAAGUACAUCGAAUCUCAAUCUGGUAUCUAGGUAUCGAGUUAUUAUUAUUUGUGAACCCCGAAAUACUGAUCAGUGAUUAGCUGUACCAUAGUGACUUCAAGUGCUACCUUUCCAAGCAAGUCUCCGUACCGCUCAAAUAACUUUUCCGAAUAACCGUGGCAAACGACUACACCUAUUGGCUGUUUAAUCUAUCUGUCGUGAAAGCCACCGAAACUAUUAUUGGCUCUCACAAAAUUCCCGACGUUUUGAUUGACAGCGCAUAAGGCGCACAUUUUGUCCAUUUUGGUUUGUCCCCUGGGCUGUUGUUACUCACCUGCUUGUUACGUGGGUCCUACUAGCUCACCUUAUCCACGCAACCGGCGGAUUACUUAAACGCUGCAUUCCCGCCUGCGACGACCUGUCUAAUAUCCCAUUACUUACAUAGUACGAAUACCAUUGCUAUUUGGAGGCUUUAGGAGGAGCCUUUAAACCAAACUCGCUGGAAUAAGCAAUUGGCUUUUUUAAACCAUUUUCUCCUUUUGUACCUUAGUUCUCCUAUUACCUUUUUCCCAUCCAACACACUUUUGCAACAUUUGGAAUUCAUCUUUUGUUGUUGUAGUUGACUGUGUGUCGUUUUCCUAGUGGUUCAUCCCUUUUUGUGUUUGAGUCGUAGGAUUCCUUAUUGACCGUUUUCUUCUUUUUUUCUUUUUUUGGUUAAUUCUUCCUUAUUAUUUGUUCAUUACUGCUUCAGGUUUGAAUUAUCGGUGUCGGCAAAUUGGAAUUGUUCGACUUAACUAUUUGUUAAUUUUUUGGUGUUUUGGUAUUUCCUGGAUUUUUUGUUUUUUGUCUUAUUUUGUUAAACCCGACUUGUUUUUCCAUUCUUAACAGCGCUGUGUGUUGGAAUUUAAACUCUAAGUCCUUUUUGUGAUUCGUCUUAGUAUACCCUGGUUUUGUUCUAUAUAACCUUGUCUACGAUACCUUGUCAAUUAUUAGGUAUUGUAUCUUUCUUCCGUGAUUCCAUUAUUUUGUCUGGCGUUUUGUCUUUUCUAGUUCACUAUGCCGUCCCUUGCUUUGCCAAUCAAUAAACCUUCCCAUCACAAUGCCCCUAGCUCUGGGAACUCCUUUGCCAGUCCACAGGCUACUCCUUUUGGUUAUAGCCCGCAGUCUUUCGGAAACAGCUUCUCCGGGCAUGCCUGGCUUCGAGAUGCAAUUCCCUCACUAACAUCCUAUCCGGAACAUCAUCGUCCUUCCGAUGAUUUCUCUACUAUGUAUCCUAACCGUCUCGAAGAGGCAUUCUGUCGCAACUUCAAUUGCUGUGGAAAGACUCUUGAUGAUCUCCAUCAGCUUAUCCAUCAUUACGAGGAGCAACAUGCUGUUCUUCCUUCUGACGUAAAUCUCUCCUCCUCUCUUGACAAUAGUAACUCUGCUAGUGUUGCAAAUCACCUGAAUCGCAACAACGUACAAGUCCUUAAACAGCGAGAGCGUAUUCGUAUGCACGACUUAGAGGACCAAAUGGACUCGUCCCCCCUUUUCGAUAAUUCGGCUGUCAUGCCCUUUGCUUUUCCGGCAAACGAGGGUGCCAACGGCCCCUAUCGUGUUUCCGUCGUUGUCCCAGCAGCCGCUGCUGCAGCCGCGACUGCUGCUAACCCGGAUCUUGCUGAAGAGACUUCGAUGCAAAACGAGCCUUCAUCUACUCCUACUCAUCUCCCUGAAUCUAUGAUUAUGGAUGAUGCUAGCUCCCCUCUUAGUGAUAUGAGCUUCAACAUGGAUAUCAGCAAUAGUAAUCGCUACAGUAUGUUUGGAGUGAAUCAAAAAGCUGACCCAGAACCAGCUUUUCUUUCCCCUUUUCAUUACGGCCAAGAUAUCUUUUCUUUCCGUCCUGACACUCCUAAUACCGUCCAUUCCGAACCUUUUCCCGAUAAUAUUAUGUCACCUACUCCGGAGGUAGUUGCGCCUGCUGCUACUAGCACAGCACCUAGCUCUCCCUUCAUAAAAAAUUCUAGUAAGGACUUUGAAUGGCCAGCACCGCUUAAAAACCAGCGCUCAAUAUCUCCGGAGGAUUCUUCUGAAUCCCCUAUGACCAUCGAUUCUCCCGGUUCUAGUCUGGUUGUCGUUGACAAACCGUAUAAAUGCCCUGUUCCCAAUUGUGAUAAAGCUUACAAAAAUCAGAAUGGUCUUAAAUAUCAUAAAUUGCAUGGUCAUUGUUCCCCUAUAACCACCCCUACCCCGGCGCCGGUUCCUCAUCAAGGAUACGUUGUAGAAAACAAACCUUAUCGAUGCGAUACUUGCAAUAAGCGCUAUAAAAAUUUGAAUGGGUUGAAGUAUCAUCGUGCCCAUAGUCAUUUGCAAGUUUCUAUGGCCCAAGCCCAGCGCGAGGUCCAGAUGAGCUUCAUGCGCAACGCGUAAGUCGUCCCAUGCAUACACUAUUUAUCUUUCACUAUAUCUACGAGGUAUUUAAUAUUUUAUUUGCAUCAUAUGAUUUGAACAAAUUUGCUUUAUAUACCGAACAUUCUUUUAUGACUUAGAUGUGGCCAUAUCGCGUUGGUAUUCAAUUUGGUAAAAUGUAAACUGCCAAUAUUUCUAUUUAAUCAUUACUGUUAAGUAUUUUUAUUUUCCUAUCAUUUGAGGUUUUAUAAUUUUUUUUUGUUGCUUUUGUUUGAUUAAUAAUUUAAUUUAGUUUUCGGGUCUUUUUGGGUUUAAAAUAAUUUUUAGAGCUUGGUUGUGAUUUUAGGAGUUUAUGUUAAUGAAUAGAAGGUUUUUAUUUCAAAAUUUCAG